AUGUAUCGCAAUAAUCUCUUAACAAAGGAUCAUUCUUAUUAUCAUGAUACGUCUUUUCUACUACAUCAAACAUUUUCUCCUUUUGAGGGUUAUUAUCACGAUGAAACAUUUGAUUUGUAUUCUCUUGCUGGUAAGAGGUUUGAGAAUAGGAUCAAAUUAGAUUGGCCAAGUGUCAAAUUAGAUCCUAUAUAUCGGGAUCAAACGGAGUAUGAUUCUGGUUUUAAUAUAUUAGGAUCUGGCAGCGUUCUUGGAACUCUGUGUCUGUUUUGUGCAUCCCAUGUGAAUAUUUUAUUGUGGAAUCCAUCUACUAUGGAAUUUAAGCACAUUCCUCCCAGCCCUUUAGAUUCUGAACCUAAUUGCCAUGUGUUUCAUCAUGCAUUUGGUUAUGAUUUUGUCAACAACGACUAUAAAGUGAUUCGCCAAGGAACAGUUGUUGAUAAAACUGGUUAUAUAUGGGAGAUAUAUAGUCUAAGAAACAACUCUUGGAGAAAACUUGAUGUCGAUAUGCAAAAGUCGCCUAUGUGUGAAAACCAAUUGUACAUAGAUGGACUCUCACACUGGUUGUGUUAUGGUGAAACACAUAAUGAAACACAUUUAUUGUCAUUUGAUUGGAGCAAUGAGGUUUUCCUUACCACACCCAUACCUUCAGACAUGGAUGAUAAUAGAUUUGAUUGUAAUUCGGUGUGGAGACACUUGGUGCUAUUAGAUGGGUCUAUUGCUUUCAUCUUAAAUUACAUAGAGACGGGUACAUUUCACAUUUCAAUUUUAGGUGAAUUUGGUGUAAAGAAAUCAUGGAUUAAGAUCUUCAUUUUAGGGCCCUUACCUUAUCUUGAGUAUCCUAUUGGAGCCGGAAAGAAGGGUGAUAUGUUGUUCAGAAAAAAAGACGACGACAACUACGGUGAACUAGUUUGGUUUGAUUUAAAUACCCAAAUGAUUGAAGAUCUUGGCAUUACAACAGAGAGAUUUUCUUGUAAGAUAGUAAUACAUAAAGAAAGCAUUAUUCCACUUGAAGGAGCAAAUAUUUAA